UGUAAAGUCAAAUCCCUCACCACGUCCCCGUUUUCUCUAUAUAUGUUAGGAAUCUAAACAAAUGAAACUCAUCACUCCUCAAUCAUACUCGUCAAUAUCCAGCUAGCUAAUAUAAUCCUUCCUUCCUUCCCUUCCUUGGCAUCGGGGAUUCAUCAGCUUAAUUAUCGUUAUGGCAUUAACAAUAGCAACGGUGCUUAGUAGCAGCUUAUUGCUGUUCAUGAUGGUGAUGAUGAUGCUUGGCAGCUUGUCGGAGGCUCAAAUGGUGCCGGCGACAUUCGUGUUUGGCGACUCGGUGGUGGACGCCGGCAACAACAACUACCUGCCGUUGGCCCUAGCCAAGUCCAAUUACCCACACUACGGCAUUGAUUUCCCUACCAAGAAGCCCACCGGCCGCUUCUCUAACGGCAAGCUCCCCUCCGAUUUGCUCGCUGAGAAAGUAGGUCUGCCGGGCCCGCCCCCGUAUCUCUCGAUCAAGAACAAGAAGGAUAAGAAUGGGUCCAUCUCCAUCCCGCUCACCGGUUUGAACUUCGCCUCCGCCGGCGCCGGCGUGUUCAAUGAGACCGGAAACCAACUGGGAUCGCAUAUUUCGAUGACGGAGCAAGUGGAGGACUUUUCCACGGUAUACUCGAAGCUGUCGGCGGUGAUGGGCAGUGGUGGCGCCAGCAAGUCAGUGGGGAAGUCGCUGUUUCUGAUCGUGAUUGGUAGCAAUGACAUGUUGUCGUAUUACGGAUCCUCCGAUCUUCGGAAGAAGUUCACACCGGAGCAGCGCUUCAAUCAGAUGACUUCCGCCCUCAAAUCCCAGCUUGAGAUGUUAUACGGUUAUGGAGCUCGCAGGUUCGUCGUGGCGGGGCUCUUAGCAAUCGGGUGCGCACCCGUACAAAGGCUCAACACCAAAAACUACGAAUGCGACCCGGAGCUGAAUUCCUUUUGCAACGCCCACAACCAAAUCCUCAGAUCCACGCUGCAGCAGUUCAAAUCGGAGCACACCGAUCUCAGUUACACAUACUUCGACACCUACACUUUCUUCCUAGAUCUCCUCGACAACGCCGCUAACUACGGAUUGACAGAAACCAAGGCCGGGUGCUGCGGUGCUGGAAAACUGGAAGCCCAGUUCUUCUGCCUUCCUUUGUCAGCGUACUGCAAAGACAGAAGCACACAUGUGUUCUUCGACAGGCUUCAUCCCACGGAGGCGACGUAUCGGCUUGUGGUGGAUGCCAUUGUUGAUGGUCCUAAGAAGUACGUGGAGCCCAUGAACGUGAGGCAAUUAGUUUCCACGUAAGCUUAAUUACCUGCAUGGUGCACCAUGCAGUAAUGCUCUGAAGGCCAGACAGAAUCCAGAAAGAUGAUCAAAAGUUGGUAUUUAAUUAUACGGUGAGAAGUAACAAAUAUAGUGGUUAGGCCAGCGGGCUAGCUAGGAUUGUGAUGAGGGGUUUUGUUGUGUCAUAUAAUUCAUCUUCAAUAUACAGAUUUCUUGCACAAAAGAUGUUUUUUUAUGCGACUACAUACGCAUAUGGAGCUUAUACAUUUGCAGUCUUGUGGCUC